GAAUGGAUCAAUGUCAAUAAAAAAAUAAUAAAAAAGAUUCGAAGAAAAUUUUGAUUAGCUAAGGCCUACUACGUAGUGAUGCUUGUUGCUGCUGCUACCGCUGCUGUUCCGACAUACCUCUAGUCUUGCAGUAUCCAAAUAUUCCCCAACUACAUCAUACACCUACACGACUACAGGACAGCCCGCCCUUCAAAUUACACCUCUACGUACUCAUACACGGACCCGAAUACUUGUCUCCUCACUUCCUCUCCCCCCCUCCCGCCACCGCCACACCCUUCGUUGGUUUUUGCUCCUCGUACACGACGCAGAGCUGCCAUCAUGGCCUCAGAUCUGGGCCAGAUCGCCCAGCUACUAGAUGCAACUCUCGACCCUACCAAGUACAAGAAAGCCGAGGGCAAGCUCAAGCUCGAAGAGAAAAAGCCCCAGUUCGCGCUGCAGCUGCUCAAGAUAGUAGCAACCGAAAGCCUCGAAACCAAGAUCCGCCUGUCCGGAGCACUCUGUUUUAAGAACUUCAUCCGACACAACUAUGUGGACGAAGACCGAAAUUACAAAAUCCCUGUCGACGAGGUCGGAACGAUAAAACAGGAGCUUAUCGGGCUCAUGAUCGCCUGUCCCGCCACCAUUCAGACGCAGCUGGGAGAAGCCAUAAGCAUAAUUGCCGACUCCGACUUCUGGGAUCGAUGGGAUACCCUCGUGGCCGACCUCGUAUCGCGCUUCUCGCCCGACAACUUCAAGAUCAACAAUGGGGUGCUCGAAGUAGCGCAUUCCAUCUUCGCUAGGUGGCGGCCGCUGUUUCGUUCCGACGACUUAUACGUGGAGAUCAACCAUGUGCUUAGCACGUUCGCUGUACCCUUUCUCACCCUACUGAGCGCUACAGAUCAGCAGAUUGAGGCCCAUAGCAACGAUAAGGCGGCCUUGAAAGGGUACUUCGAAACGAUGAGUCUCCUGAUCAAAGUCUUCUAUGACCUAUCUUGCCAGGAUAUGCCGCCGCAAUUCGAAUCGAAUUUACAGCACAUCUCCACCCUGCUCCACAAAUAUUUGGUCUACGAGAACCCCCUUCUCGCUACCGACGAUGAUUCGGAGGCGGGCGUGGUUGAAAUAGUGAAGGCCGACAUCUGCGAAGCUCUGGAGCUCUACGUUACGAAGUUCGAUGACGAUUUCGGCCCCUACACGCAGGUGUUCGUCUCCAGCGCGUGGAACCUGCUAUCCGCGAUUGGGCCGGAGACUAAGUACGAUAAUCUCGUCAGCAGAGCCCUACACUUCCUCACAGCGAUUGCCAACACCACGCAGCACUCGGGCGCCUUCAACGACGAAAACGUCCUAGGCCAGGUUGUAGAAAAGGUGGUGUUGCCUAAUGUCGCGCUGAGAGAAUCCGACGUCGAGCUGGUCGAGGACGAGCCGAUCGAGUUCAUCAGACGCGACCUCGAGGGUUCUGAUACGGAUUCUCGGCGGAGAGCCGCCACAGACUUUCUUCGGCAGCUUCAGGGCAGAUUUGAACAGCUCGUCACCACCGUUGCCGGUAGAUACAUUAACCAUUACUUGGAACAAGGCAAGACGAGCUGGAAGGACAAGGACACGGCCAUCUCCCUCUUCCUCUCCAUCGCGGCCAAUGGGGCUGUGACGGCGACGCACGGUGUCAAGACGGUCAACCCUCUAGUGAACGUGGUCGACUUCUUCCAGCUGCACGUCGCGAACGACCUCAUCUCCGAUAGCGUGGAGCCGAUCGCCAAAGUCGACGCGAUCAAAUACUUGUACACCUUUCGCAGCCAGUUGACGAAGGAACAGUGGCAGGCUGCGUUCCAGCCGUUGAUUCAGAACAUGGGCUCGUCGAACUACGUCGUCUACACGUACGCAGCGAUCUGCGUCGAGCGACUCCUCUAUUUGACCAAUGAUGCCGGGACGCGCAUAUUUGGCAGAGCCGACAUCGAGCCCUUCGCGAAAGAUCUACUCGACCACCUAUUCAAGCUCGUAGAAAAAGAGAAUUCUCCAGCGAAGAUGCAGGAAAACGAGUUCCUUAUGCGCUGCAUCAUGAGGGUACUCAUCGUCAUGAACACGGGCAUCCAGGAUUACGUCGACAUGCUCCUCAACCACCUUGUCGGAAUCACGAAUAUCAUCAAGACCAACCCGAGUAACCCACGCUUCUACUAUUACCACUUUGAAGCUCUCGGUGCUGUUGUGAGCUAUGGUUCAUCCGCUGGAACAUUGAAGCUAGAGGACCGUUUAUGGGAGCCUUUCAACCUGAUCAUCACGGAGGAAGUAAACGAAUUCAUGCCAUACGUAUUUCUAAUAUUCUCGAAGCUCCUUGAACUUAACCCGUCUGGGGCACUCCCCAAUCAUUACCAGGCGUUAGUGCCGCUAUUAAUGCUCCCGACGCUCUGGGAGACGAGAGGAAACGUCCCGGCCCUCACGCGACUACUAGCCGCCAUAAUACCUAGAGCUGCGCCAUCGAUAGUGGCGGAAAAUCAAGUCCAAUCCAUUCUAGGCAUCUUCCAGAACCUACUGCGAAGUAAAAGGACGGAGACGAACGCCUUUGACCUGCUCGAGUCGGUCGUCGUGUCGAUCAACCGCGCCGCCAUCGAACCGUAUUUCAAGGACAUCCUCGCGCUCCUCUUCACGAAACUCCAAAGCAACCCGUCAGAAUCGUUCAAGCUCCGAUUUGUGCGAUUUUACCAUCUCGUGUCAGCCAAGGCAGACUCGGGACUCGGAGCCGAUUUCUUCAUCAGCCAAGUAGACCUAGUUCAGCACAACCUCUUCGUCCAAAUCUACCUCGGCAUCAUUCUCCCAACCUCGGAACUGCUGGCUCGCCCGGUCGACCGCAAGCUCGCCGUCAUAUCCUUCGCGAAAUCGCUAGGAGACAGCGCAGCGUUUGCCCAACGCUACGUGAAGGGAUGGCGAUUUACGUGCGAAGCGAUGCUGAAGAUGCUCAUGAACCCACCCAAGGUGACGGCGAGUACGGUCGACGACAUGAUCGACGAGGCAGAUGUGGACGACAUAGGGUUUGGCCUAGCCUUCACCCCUCUAAGCACCUGCAAGAAGGGCGCACGGGACGACUUCCCUGAGACUCAAGACAUACAGAGUUGGGUGCGCCAGUAUCUGACCGAGGCCAACACGCGGCACAGCGGGGCGAUCGCAGGAUUCAUGGACAGAUUAACGGACGAGGGAAGACGAGCGAUGGCGAUCUACGUCAGCUAGCUUUGAAGACGGAGAUUGGGCAGGGAAAACUCAGUGGCGUAA